AUGGAAACUCUUGGCACAUUUUCGAAUUCACCUAGGUCUUCCAUUAAUAAUGCGAAACUGUUACAAAUAUCGUCUUUAGUAGCAUCCGGAAAAAGCUCGGUAGCUUUGUUAACGCCACGGAGGAACACUGGCUUCCUUGUAAAACGAUUCUCCACGAUAAGCAACCGACGCGUUGAGAUAUAUGAGGAAGAAGACGAAUUUGCAGGUGGAUGCUGUGGUUUAUUUAGAAACCUGAAAUUUAUACGAGGAGAACAUGAGAGUGAUGCCAAAACGGAGGAUAUCAAAUGA